CGCUAACACCGUUGGCCUGGCCACGCCCCUCCCUUAAAUUAAGCGCCGUCAAAUUUCCCGUCCCUUUGUCUCGCCGGCGUUAACACUCUCUACAAGUGUAAUUAUACCUCCUUUGGAGAAAAAUGACAAUUUUGUAUUGUUCCGUCCAAAGGCGUGAUUGUUCUUUUUGGGAAGUUAUCCCGAUAUUAUAUGCAUAAGCGCAUAACAUACGUAGAAGCCGCCUCUUAUAAAUUCCUCUCUCUUUCUGGAAUCUCCAUUUGAAAUCGAGAAGGCUCGGCAAUGGAGGAGGUUGCUGUGGUCUGAUUGUUUCUGACUUUAGGGAUUGUGUUUGGUGGUGGAGCUGAGCCGAAGCGAGAGAGAGAGAGAGAGGAGGGAUUCGAAUGGCGGUGGAGUACAGUUGUUGCGGAACGAAUUUUUUCUUACACAUAUUGAUCAUCGUGUUUUUGGUGGUGUUCGCCGGGUUGAUGUCAGGGCUCACCUUAGGGCUCAUGUCCAUGAGCCUCGUCGAUCUCGAGGUCCUCGCCAAGUCUGGAACCCCUAAGGAUCGCAAACACGCCGCGAAGAUAUUGCCAGUGGUAAAAAAUCAGCAUUUAUUACUUUGCACACUCCUAAUUUGCAAUGCUGCUUCCAUGGAGGCGCUUCCCAUUUUUCUUGAUAGUCUGGUUACAGCAUGGGGUGCUAUUCUGAUUUCAGUGACAUUGAUUCUUCUGUUCGGUGAGAUCAUACCCCAAUCUGUUUGUUCUCGAUAUGGUUUAGCAAUCGGCUCGACGGUGGCACCAUUUGUCCGCGUUCUUGUUUGGAUCUGCUUUCCUGUUGCAUUUCCAAUCAGCAAGCUAUUAGACUUUCUGCUGGGACAUGGGCAUGUAGCUCUUUUUCGCAGAGCUGAGUUGAAAACGCUUGUAAAUUUUCAUGGCAAUGAGGCUGGAAAAGGUGGAGAACUGACGCAUGAUGAGACAACAAUUAUUGCUGGAGCGCUUGAGCUCUCUGAAAAAACAGCUGGUGAUGCCAUGACUCCUAUAGCUGAUACUUUUGCAAUUGAUAUCAAUGGCAAGCUUGACAGGGACUUGAUGAAUCUAAUAUUGGAAAAAGGGCACAGCAGAGUGCCAGUUUAUUAUGAGGAAUGUACAAACAUAAUUGGACUUAUCUUGGUCAAGAACUUGUUAGCAAUUCACCCACAGGAUGAAGUGCCGGUAAAGAGCGUCACUAUACGCAGGAUUCCAAGGGUGUCAGAAACUUUGCCCUUAUAUGACAUAUUGAAUGAGUUUCAAAAAGGUCACAGCCACAUGGCUGUUGUUGUAAGACGGUGCAACAAGGCAGCGGAGGGGCACCCUGGCAGCCCUCCUGAAAAUCAAACAGAUCAAACAGAUCAAGUGAAGGACGUGAAAAUAAAUAUUGAUGGUGAAAAGCAGCCUUCCCUAGAUAAGACUUUAAAGAGCAAGAGAGUACUCCAGAAGUGGAAGAGCUUUCCCAACGGUGCGAAUAAUUCAUAUAAGGGUGGUUCUAGGAGCAAGAAGUGGUCAAAGGACAUGUACUCCGACAUCCUGCAGAUUGAUGGCAAUCCGCUCCCAAAGCUCCCAGAAGAAGAAGAAGCUGUUGGCAUAAUAACAAUGGAAGAUGUCAUUGAAGAGCUUUUACAGGAGGAGAUCUUUGAUGAGACAGAUCAUCAUUUCGAUGACUCAUAACACUAGCUUUACUAAGGAGUUGAAUAUAUUGUAGUGGAGAGAUGAUCACGAAAUAUUUGUUGGACUUUUGUUUUGAUAGUCGGCUUAUAAAGCUCUUGUUAAAAAGUUGAAAAUCGCCGUAUGGUGUUUAGGUAACUCUGCUUGAACUGUACUAAAAGCAGCUGAAGGUUGACGAUGUAAGAAAAGGAAUGUAUAAUUUGUUGUACUGCUUUGUGAGUAGAACUAUUGGUAGUCCGAGUUUAUGAAAACACAAUGAGAAAAUUACAUUAA